GUCACUCCGCCGAGGGAGGGAGAGAGCGAGCGAGAGAACGAGAGAGAAAAGGGGAGAGAGAGGGCAAACUUUGCGUGAUAGUGGCUCAGACGCGGGCUCACCUUGGCUAUCGUGUCAACCAGUGAACAUACCUUCGCGUAAAUUCCCAACAUCCGCUUUGGACAGAACAGAGGAGAGGAUUCCCCCUCAGGAGAGACCGGGGCUGCAUCAUCUGAAGCUGUUCAUGCCGGAUAAAGUUUAUGAGCACCGUGGUAGAGGAGAGGAGAUACAGACUAGACUGCAUACCUUUCGAUAAACUUACUGGGAAGUCGCUCUGUCGCCACCCGAAAUGGGCACCUUGCGCGACCUCCAGUACGCGCUCCAGGAGAAGAUCGAGGAGCUGCGCCAAAGGGACGCGCUCAUCGACGAGCUGGAGCUGGAGCUCGACCAGAAAGACGAGCUUAUACAGAGACUACAGACCGAGCUGGACAAAUACCGCUCCGUUAUUAAACCGGCGACCCAGCAGGUCGUCAAGCAGACCGAGCUGCACGAGCAGCAGCGUACCAAGAGGCAGGCGAUCUCGGCCGAACCCACCGCCUUCGACAUCCAGGAUCUUAGCCAAGUCACCCUACCUUUCAACCCCAAAAGCCCACAGUCUAAGGAUCUGAUCAAGGAGGCCAUCUUGGACAAUGACUUCAUGAAGAACCUGGAGCUGUCGCAGAUCCAAGAGAUUGUGGACUGCAUGUACCCUGUGGACUAUGGGAAGGACAGCUGUAUCAUCAAGGAGGGCGAUGUGGGCUCGCUGGUCUACGUCAUGGAAGAUGGGAAGGUGGAGGUGACGAAGGAGAGCAUGAAGCUGUGCACCAUGGGACCGGGGAAAGUGUUUGGAGAGCUGGCUAUUCUCUACAACUGCACCAGGACGGCCACGGUCAAAACACUAACAAACGUGAAGCUGUGGGCCAUCGACCGACAAUGUUUUCAGACGAUCAUGAUGAGGACGGGUCUCAUCAAGCACACAGAGUACAUGCAGUUUCUAAAAAGCGUUCCUACAUUCCACGACCCAGAAGACAUUCUGAGCAAGCUUGCUGAUAUCCUAGAGGAGACGCAUUAUGGAGAUGGAGAGUACAUCAUCAGACAGGGGGCCAGAGGAGACACCUUCUUCAUCAUCAGUAAGGGAAAGGUUAAUGUGACCAGGGAAGACGUGCCCAAUGGAGAGCCUGUCUACCUGCGCAGCCUGGGAAAAGGAGACUGGUUUGGAGAGAAAGCAUUGCAAGGGGAGGAUGUCAGGACGGCCAACGUCAUCGCAGCAGAGGCAGUCACCUGUCUAGUCAUCGAUAGAGAUUCGUUCAAGCACCUGAUUGGAGGUUUUGAGGACGUGUCCAAACAAGGCCACGAGGAUGCCGAUGCCAAAGCAAAGUAUGAAGCAGAGAAUGCGUUCUUCUUCAACCUCAACCUAGCUGACUUUAACAUCAUCGACACUCUGGGAGUUGGUGGCUUUGGUCGUGUUGAGCUGGUUCAGCUCAAGAGCGAUGAGAACAAAACCUUUGCCAUGAAGAUCCUGAAGAAGCGACACAUUGUCGACACAAGACAGCAGGAGCACAUUCGCUCCGAGAAACUCAUCAUGCAGGAGGCGCACUCUGACUUCAUUGUUAGACUCUAUAGGACGUUCAAGGACAGCAAGUACCUCUACAUGUUGAUGGAGGCUUGUUUAGGGGGAGAGCUGUGGACAAUACUUCGAGACCGGGGUUCAUUUGAGGACUCAACCACCAGGUUUUACACAGGGUGUGUGGUGGAGGCCUUCGCUUACCUACAUUCCAAAGGAAUAAUCUACAGAGACCUCAAACCAGAGAACCUUAUUUUGGACCACAGGGGAUAUGCCAAACUGGUCGACUUUGGCUUUGCCAAGAAGAUCGGGUUUGGGAAGAAGACGUGGACCUUCUGUGGGACACCAGAGUAUGUAGCACCAGAGAUCAUUCUCAACAAAGGCCACGACAUCUCAGCCGACUACUGGUCGCUAGGCAUCCUCAUGUUUGAGCUCCUAACUGGCAGCCCUCCAUUCUCUGGCCCUGACCCUAUGAAAACGUACAACAUCAUCCUGAGAGGCAUCGACAUGAUCGAAUUUCCAAAGAAAAUUACCAAAAAUGCUGGCAACUUAAUAAAAAAGCUAUGCAGGGAUAAUCCCUCUGAACGACUGGGAAACUUGAAAAAUGGUGUCAAAGACAUCCAGAAGCACAAAUGGUUUGAAGGCUUUAACUGGGAGGGCUUGAAGAAGGGGACAUUGACGCCUCCUAUUAUCCCCAACCUCACAUCAGCAGUUGACACAAGUAACUUCGACAGCUUCCCAGAGGACAACGAGGACCCGCCUCCUGAUGACAACUCUGGCUGGGACGUUGAUUUUUGAAGUCCGCUUCUCAACUUAAAACCAAAAGAAACUCUUCUUUUGUUGGCUUGGAGGCCAUCUUGAGGAUACGGAUGUGUUGUAAAAAAACUGCUAUAAAAAGAGAGGAUUUGGAGAAGAAGAUAGAUGGAUGGAAAACCCUCUGGGUCACCGAUAUGCCUUUAUUUCACUGUGGCUCUGGAUCAAGCAUUUAUAUUGGGACUGCUGUAGCACUUCUUCAGUGUUGUCUUACACUCUGCUCUGAAGGCAAAGGAAAAGAAAGUGCAGGGAUACACAUACACACACGACACAACAGAGGCUGAUAAUGGAGCCAGGUUUUCUCAUGCAACAGGGAAUUAUGUUCAAUGGGUGGAUGAUUGUUCCAUAGUUUGUCUAAGUUUUGGUUCUAGGGUCAAUAACAGUGAAAAAUGUGGACUGCGCAAAAAAACAGAAAACGCUGAUGAUGAUUUUUUUGUGUUGGUAUCUUCGCAAUAUUUGGUGAAAUGUUUGAAGGACAUUGGAUGGGUUUAGGAUGCUACUUCUUGACAUGCAGCUGCUUUCUGCAAACUCCGAUAAUUUCCAGAGAUCUACACACUACAGUUUGCAAGUAAAACUGUAUCAAGUGCCCAAGACUAACCUGAAUGUCACAUUUCCCUCUUAUUUGAAGUCCAUAAGGCAUGUACGGUACAAAGUAUUUGAAUUUAAAAAAGACACUUCACCACAACAAAAUCAAAUACUUAGUACACUUUAUAUAAGAUACCUUGAAAAGCACAAACACUGUGCCUUGAGUGAAAAGAGACGUGAAUCUUAAAAGUGCCCUCCUUAAAAUGUAAUGAAUCACACACCGACAAACACGAAAUGUCAGCUAGUAUUUUCAUGAAGCAAUGUGUCAUUAUGCACUUAAGACCAUUAACUGGGAAAAUUAGCAGUUACAGCUCAUUUUAAGCUUCGGUAGAUGGUGCCACACCUAUUUUCUUUAAUAUGCUUUUAAUUGACACAUAUAAAUGCGUCUCUGCCUACAUACUUCUUAAUUUUGUUCUGAAAUCACCCAAAUGCCUCGUCAUCUUUUCGCCUCUGUAUAGUUCUGACACAACUGUGAACAUGGUUUCAAUGUCUUUGGUGCUGUUAUUGAUACAUUAUAAUAAGAGAUGGUGAGGUGACAGUACUGGUUAUUGUUUUUGUAAAGUGAUUAUUUUGUGCCUGUUUUCUUUGUAACGUAUACUUGACUUUGUUCUUUAGACAAAUUGGAGAUUUGUGUGCAAUUGUAAACUCGAUUGAGGCUUUAUUUGAUAUCACUUGACACCAUGUUACAUUGUGCUAAGUGGUAUUCCCGAGUGCUUUUUUUACAAACAGGUUAAGUUAAAGCUUAAAUUAACCAUCCUUGUCUUUGGAGGCAUUAACCACAUUCACAUUAUCUUAAGACUAUCUUGAUUUAACAUCAUCUAAUAGAUGUUUUAAAAGCGAACAGAUUCAAAGGAGAUUAUAUUCUGUGAAACUCACAACUUCGACCAUUGGCGCCAUGAUCUCUCACCCUGCUCAUCAUCCCUCAUGUCCAAAGAUCAGAACAAUGUAAGUGCCUUAAAUCAAUGGCAUACAAAUUUAACAUCACAAGUCCUUUUCGAUGCUGCAUGAAAACAUUUACACCUCAAAAACGUCUGUUUCCUCUUAGAUGGCUGCUUCUCAUCCUUUGUUAUAUCUAAUAAAUACAUUAAUCACCA